AACAAAAGUUAUUUUAACCUAUUUCUGUGUCCAAAUCAUUGUGUUCCCUCCUUCAAUACUUUCCUCCAAAGGAUGAGGGAGAGGAUUGAUAGGGUAGGGAUUAAGAUUCCUAUGAUUGAAGUCAGGUUUGAGCAUUUAUCAGUUGAAGGGGAUGCAUAUGUUGGAACAAGGGCACUGCCAACACUGCUCAAUUCUACCCUCAAUGUAAUAGAGGGAGCUCUGGGCUAUAUCAAGCUUUUGCCAUUAAAUAAAAGUGUUGUGAAGAUUCUCCAAGAUAUCAGUGGAAUUGUGAAACCAUCAAGAAUGACUCUGCUUUUGGGACCUCCGGGAUCAGGAAAAACUACACUCCUGCAGGCACUUUCUGGAAAAAUGGACAAAGAUUUAAGGGCAUCAGGAAGAGUCACUUACUGCGGUCAUGAAUUAUCAGAGUUUGUUCCUCAAAGAACAUGUGCUUAUAUUAGUCAGCAUGAUCUUCACCAUGGAGAGAUGACAGUGAGAGAGACACUGGACUUCUCAGGACGCUGCCUGGGAGUUGGAACAAGGUAUGAUAUGCUGGCUGAGUUGUCCAGACGGGAACUAGCAGCGGGCAUUAAACCAGAUCCUGAGAUAGAUGCUUUCAUGAAAGCAACAGCAAUGGAAGGUCAAGAAACAAGUCUUGUUACAGACUACAUUCUAAAGAUUCUUGGGUUGGAAAUAUGUGCUGAUAUUUUGGUGGGAGAUGAGAUGAGAAGGGGCAUAUCUGGUGGACAAAAGAAGCGUUUAACUAAUGGUGAGAUGCUGGUAGGCCCUGCAAAAGCCUUCUUCAUGGAUGAAAUUUCAACUGGUUUAGAUAGUUCCACAACCUUCCAAAUUGUCAGGUUCAUGAGGCAGAUGGUCCAUAUCAUGGAUGUUACUAUGAUAAUCGCUCUUCUGCAACCUGCACCAGAAACAUAUGACCUUUUUGAUGACAUAAUAUUACUGUCAGAAGGUAAGAUUGUCUAUCAAGGUCCCCGUGAGAGCGUGCUGCAUUUUUUUGAAAGUGUAGGCUUCAAAUGCCCAGAAAGGAAAGGAGUUGCAGACUUUCUACAAGAGGUAACUUCCAGAAAGGACCAAGAACAGUACUGGUUCAGAAGGGACAUACCUUACCAAUAUGUCACUGUGCCUGAGUUUGUAGCCCAUUUCAACAUUUACAGCAUCGGUCAGCAACUUCGUGAAAAGAUUCAAGUUCCAUUUGAUCCAAACGAAAGACAUCGCGCUGCAUUGGUGAAGGAAAAGUAUGGCAUCUCCAAAUGGGAACUCUUCAAGGCAUGCCUUUCAAGAGAGUGGCUUUUGAUGAAGCGCAACCAUUUUGUAUACAUAUUCAAGACAUUUCAGAUUAUUAUAAUAGCUAUAAUUACAAUGACAGUAUUUUUAAGAACAGAAAUGAAGCAGGGUCAACUUGUAGGUGCAGGAAAAUACUAUGGUGCACUAUUUUUCAGCCUCCUUAAUGUAAUGUUCAAUGGAGUGGCAGAGCUGGCAAUGACCAUUAAUAGACUUCCCGUUUUUUACAAGCAGAGAGAUUUCCUGUUUUAUCCAGCAUGGGCUUUUGCAUUGCCCAUCUGGGUCCUCAGAGUUCCUCUCUCUCUGUUAGAGUCAGGAAUAUGGAUCAUCUUCACUUAUUAUACAAUUGGCUUUGCUCCUGCAGCUAGUAGGUUUUUUCGUCAAUUUUUGGUAUUCUUCUGUGUGAAUCAAAUGGCUCUGUCCCUAUUCCGCUUCAUUUCUGCAGUUGGAAGAACAAAAGUUGUGGCAAAUACAAUUGGUUCCUUUGCAAUUUUAGUUGUUUUCCUCCUAAGUGGAUUUACUGUUUCAAGAAAUGAUAUUGACUCAUGGAUGAUAUGGUGCUACUACACUUCACCCAUGAUGUAUGGCAUGAAUGCCAUAGCCAUCAACGAGUUCCUAGACAAAAGAUGGAGUGCUCCCAAUAUUGACCCAAGUAUUCCUGAGCCCACAGUUGGGAAGGCUUUUCUUAGGGCCAGAGGCAUAUUCACAGAAGACUAUUGGUACUGGAUAUCCGUUGGAGCCCUUUUAGGAUUUUCCCUGGUUUUCAAUAUUUGUUUCAUUCUGGCUCUAACUUAUUUGAAUCCAUUUGGAAACUCUAGAUCUAUUAUAGUGGAAGAGGAAGACCAAAAGAAAAAGACAUCUACUUCAUCCUCAGUGGAAAAAAAGGCAACAGCAACUACGGAGAAGAGUUCAGCUUCACUUGCUAAAUUGUUUGAAGGUAUUGAUAUGGAAGUAAGAAACAUGGAACACAGCUCAACUAUUAAAGCUGCAGAGAAUACAAAAUCCAAGAAGGGAAUGGUGCUGCCCUUUCGGCCUCUGUCACUUGCAUUUCAAAAUGUGAAUUAUUACAUUGAUAUGCCACAUGAAAUGAAGAAACAAGGAAUUGAAGAGAAUAGACUUCAACUACUAAGAGAUAUAAGUGGUGCUUUUAGGCCUGGGAUUUUAACAGCAUUGGUUGGUGUAAGUGGUGCUGGAAAAACCACCUUGAUGGAUGUGCUUGCAGGAAGGAAAACUGGUGGUUAUAUUGAGGGAAGCAUCAGCAUAUCUGGUUAUCCAAAAAACCAGGCAACUUUUGCUCGGAUUAGUGGUUAUUGUGAACAAAAUGAUAUCCAUUCCCCAAAUGUUACAGUCUACGAAUCUCUUGUGUUUUCUGCUUGGCUGCGUCUCAGUGAGGAAGUUAAUAAGGAAACACAAAAGAUGUUCAUUGAAGAAAUUUUGGAUCUGGUUGAGCUCCACAAAGUGAGAAAUUUUAUAGUAGGCCUUCCUGGAAUAAAUGGCUUAUCAACAGAGCAGAGGAAGAGGCUUACCAUUGCUGUGGAAUUGGUUGCAAAUCCUUCCAUUAUUUUUAUGGAUGAGCCAACAACUGGUCUUGAUGCUAGAGCUGCAGCAGUUGUUAUGCGUACCGUGAGAAACACAGUAGAUACAGGGCGAACUGUUGUCUGCACGAUUCAUCAACCAAGCAUUGAUAUAUUUGAAACUUUUGAUGAGCUGCUUUUGAUGAAGAGAGGUGGCCAAGUGAUAUAUGGUGGUCCCCUUGGUCGAAAUUCUCAGAAUCUUGUUGAGUACUUUGAGGCUAUUACAGGAGUUCCGAAGAUUAGAGAUGGAUAUAAUCCAGCAACAUGGAUGUUGGAGAUCACUUCUCCUGCUGUUGAGUCUCAUCUUAAUGUAGACUUUGCAGAAAUAUAUACUAAGUCAGACCUUCAUCAAAAGAACCAGGAACUUAUUAAGGAACUAUGCACACCAGUACCUGGAACAAAGGACCUUUAUUUUCCGUCUAAAUACUCACAAUCAUUUGCUACUCAAUGUAAAGCUUGCUUCUGGAAACAGUACUCUUCCUAUUGGAGGAAUCCACAGUAUAAUGCCGUCAGGUUCUUCAUCACAAUAGUUAUUGGUGUCAUUUUCGGACUUAUUUAUUGGGACAAAGGAAAAAAGACGCAAAAGGAACAAGACCUGUUGAAUCUCCUCGGGGCCAUGUAUGCAUCUGUUUUUUUCCUUGGAGCCUCUAACACUAACAGUGUUCAACCUGUUGUUGCAAUAGAAAGAACUGUUCUCUACCGUGAAAGAGCUGCUGGCAUGUAUUCAGAACUGCCUUACGCAAUUGGUCAGGUAACAAUUGAAGUAAUUUAUGUUGCAAUACAAAGUCUAGCCUAUACCAUUAUCCUCUACUGGAUGAUUGGGUUCGAACCAAGUGCUGGAAAUUUCUUGUGGUUCUACUACUUCCUAUUCAUGUCCUUUAUGUACUUCACACUGUAUGGAAUGAUGGCUGUAGCUCUGACACCAAACCAUCAAAUUGCUGCAAUCGUUAUGUCCUUCUUCAUCAGUUUCUGGAACCUGUUCUCUGGUUUUCUUAUUCCCAGAACGCAAAUUCCAAUAUGGUGGAGGUGGUAUUAUUGGGGUUCCCCAGUUGCUUGGACUAUAUAUGGACUUGUGACAUCCCAAGUGGGUGACAAAAAUAGUCCAAUAGAGGUUCCUGGGUUUAGACCCAUGACAGUGAAAGAUUACCUUGAGAGACAGUUGGGCUUCCAACAUGAUUUCCUUGGAGUUGUUGCAUUAGUCCAUGUUGCCUUUGCCCUCCUUUUCCUUCUUGUAUUUGCAUAUGGCAUCAAGUUCCUAAACUUCCAGAAAAGAUAAUCGAUCACACAGGAAUAAGCAUGAAAACUGUUGAGCAGAAGGAUAUUAUUGGUAAAGUCACCUAUAGGACAAAGCAACAUAAAUUAAUCAUUGUGUAAUCUUUAAUUUGAUUGUCCUCACUUAUCAAUGUCCUUUGACUUA